GGGAAGCACCGACCAUGAAAUGAAUACUCUGUGCGAUUGCGGAGCUUCAGCUGCAAUUUUCUAUGGAUGUAAUUGUCUUUCCCACACCAAUAAAGAAUAAUUAUUCCCGUCUUCCCUCACUAGGUGGCUGCUUCCCCUUGCUGUGCUGGGUUGGUGCGGCGAGGGUUCGGUGGUAGCGAUGUCCCCGAGAAAAGAAGGCAAACAUUUCUGGGUUUGCAGGCCGUUGCGCGACCCAUAUCCUUGAACGUCUCUCUCGUCGUCUCGUUUUGGUUGGGUGACACUCUUUUGAUCUGAUUCCAGGUUCUUAUGUAGCUUUAAUUUCGGUGAGGAACUGAAGGAAGCGGUUCAUCUUCCACGAUAGGGGUUUUUCUUUUUGUGGUUGAUUUAGUCAUCUAAGAUUCAGCUAAAAGUACAUCAACAAAAGGAAUUGGGGUUUAGGGUUUUGGAACAUGGAAGCUAGGGAGCUUCCAAGAGUGAGCUCGUUGCAGCCUCCAACUGUGGUGGUGGGUCCUGGCUCUUAUGGAGCUGGAGGAUCGACGAUUGAUCCCGUGGUGGCACCGAAUACAGCUGGAAUGAUGCAGGGCAUGCGCCUUUCCUUCACUCCCAUGGCUUCUUCGGCACCUAAGCCAGUGGAUACGACUGGUUCUUUGUACCAAGGAGAUGAUGUCUCGGGAAUGCGGCAAACCAGUGUAUUUAACAUGGGUGAGCUAACGAAGAAGAAGAGAGGAAGACCAAGAAAAUAUGGACCUGAUGGUAGCAUGUCUUUGGCGCUAACACCUCCAUCUUCUGCUUUGGGAUUCUCAAGCAAUCCAUUGUCUGAUCCAGCAGCUAAGCACCGAGGCCGUCCUCCAGGGUCGGGGAAAAAGCAACAACUUGAUGCAUUGGGUGCCCCAGGGAUUGGUUUUACUCCUCAUAUUAUCACUGUCAAAGUUGGAGAGGACAUAGCUUCAAAAAUUAUGGCCUUCUCACAGCAAGGGUCUAGGACCGUCUGUGUGCUGUCAGCAAACGGUGCCAUCUCUGAUGUAACACUGCGGCAGCCGGCAAUCUCUGGUGGAACAGUAACUUAUGAGGGACGCUUUGAUAUCAUCUCUCUUUCAGGUUCCUUCCUGCUCACAGAAGAGGGUAGCACUCGUAGUAGAAGCGGUGGAUUGAGUGUCGCAAUUGCAGGAUCUGAUGGCCGAAUUCUUGGUGGUGGGGUUGCCGGAAUGCUUGUGGCAGCAACACCUGUGCAGGUUGUGGUGGCAAGCUUUAUCACCGAAAAGAAAAAGCCACACCCUGAGCCAUUGAGGUGGGAACCUUCAUCAGCUCCACCGCAGAUGGCCAGCUUUGGAGCAACUCUAACAGUCAGCCCACCCACUGAACGCACGUCAAGUGAAUCUUCUGACGACCGUGGUAGCCCAACAAAUCAAAACGGUGGCACCUGCGACAACUCUACUCAGCAUGUUCAAUCUGCGUAUCCAUCUUUCAUCAGUUGGUCACACUCUGUAAACGAGAACAGGCAUAACUCCGACAUGAAAGUAAUGCCUCUCUAACAAGAUUAUGUCGCAAGCAUCGCUUCAUGUCUAGUUGUUUGUAGUAAGACGGUAGUACCAGCAGUCAAAUCACUGAUUCAGUAGCCACUAAUUACUGUCAAAGCUUACAACUAGAGGGCUUCACAUAAAUGGCAUUCCAGAAGCAUAUAUCUAGGCGUAUGUUCUGAGGACACUGCUGCCGUUCUGUAGUAUUUUCUUUGUCUUCAUCUAUCAGUUCAAUUUCUGUUGGUAACUAAAGACACCUUAUUUUCUUCAA